UUGGUUGAUCUAACAAACAUAAAACACACACAUAAAAAAGACACAUUUAAAGAUGGCUUCAAACGUAAAGAGCGCAUACAACCGUUUCCCAGCUGACGAAGACUUUCCUGAUCUUAGCAAACACAACAACUGGAUGGCAAAAUGCUUAACCAAAGAUAUUUACAAAAAUCUUCGAGAUAAGGUAACACCAAAUGGAUAUACUCUUGACAAUGUCAUUCAAACAGGGGUUGACAAUCCUGGCCAUCCGUUUAUUUACACCGUUGGGUGUGUAGCAGGCGAUGAAGAAACUUACGACGUGUUUGCGGAAUUGCUGGAUCCAAUAAUCGAAAACCGUCACAGCGGGUACACCAAAGACAAGAAACAUAAAACCGACAUGAACCCAGCUAACUUGAAAGGUGGCCAGCUUGACUCCAAUUAUGUCUUUUCCUGCCGUGUACGCACUGGUAGAAGUAUCAGAGGUUUUUGCCUUCCACCUCAUUGCAACCGAGCUGAAAGGCGCGCAGUUGAAAAGAUAACAGUAGAUGCGCUGGCAAAGCUGACAGAAGAUUUCAAAGGAAAAUACUAUCCUUUGGUAACCAUGACGGAAGAAGAACAAGAUCAGUUAAUAAACGAUCAUUUUCUUUUUGACAAACCUGUGUCGCCUCUACUUACGUGUGCUGGCAUGGCACGGGACUGGCCUGAUGCCCGUGGUAUAUGGCAUAACGAAGCUAAAAACUUCCUCGUCUGGGUAAACGAAGAAGAUCAUACCCGAAUGAUUUCAAUGGAAACAGGUGGUAACAUGGCAGCUGUGUUCAAGCGUUUCUGUGAUGGAAUUAAUAAAGUGGAAUCUUUGAUAAAAUCCGAUGGAUACGAGUUUAUGUGGAAUGAGCAUUUGGGUUACGUCUUGACGUGUCCCUCAAAUCUGGGAACCGGCUUGAGAGGAGGUGUUCAUGUGAAGUUGGUUAACAUGGCAAAACACCCAAAGUUCGACGAAAUACUUGACAUACUUCGAUUACAGAAACGAGGCACUGGGGGAGUUGAUACGGCAGCCGAGGGUGGUGUGUUUGAUAUUUCAAAUGCAGAUCGCUUGGGGUUCUCUGAAGUCGAGUUGGUGCAAGGCGUUAUUGAUGGUGUAAGCCUCCUUAUCGAGAUGGAAAAACGUCUUGAGAAAGGAGAACAAAUUGAUGAUUUAAUACCAGCACAAAAGUAAACAACAUUGCAACAUUUGUAUCUAUAUGUUAUCUGAUCAACAAAUAAAACUGAAUAAAA